AUGCAAGUCGUCAAGAUACUUGGACUUCAACACAAUUUCACUCGUCGCAUUCAAGACCUUCGGGAAGCUGACCUGCUGGCAGCGUCGAAACUUAGGUGUACUAUAACGCCUCUGGUAUCCAAUGCCCUUGGAAUAUUCUCUCCAGCUAUCACGCUGGCCGUCUAUGCUGUGAUAUCAGUUGCUCUUGGCGGCAACCUGGAGACAGAAACUGCCUUCACUACCAUGGCCAUCUUGAGCAUGGUUACACAUCCUGCAAAUAUGGCCAUGACUAUUGUGCCGCGCGCAGUGACAGCAUUUUCCGGGUUUGAAAAAAUUCAAGCGUUUUUGCUCCGGGAAUCUUUACAAACUGAUCGCGGAACAUUACCGAAAGGUUCUACCGCUAUUCAAAUACAACAAUUGAGGAUUAGCUAUAAACAGCUUGUCUUGGAGCAUAUCGACAUUGAAGUAGCUGCUGGAUCACUUGCCAUAAUAUCGGGCCCUACUGGCAGCGGCAAAUCGACUCUGCUGCGCGCCAUUCUUAGAGAAGUCCUCCCUGUCCGAGGGACAAUAAGUCUAUCAACACGACAGAUAGCAUAUUGUGCUCAGAAACCGUGGCUCCCUAAUGGUACUAUCAAAGACGCUAUUCGCGGUGCUACUGAAAUUUACAGCGCCAGUGACCCAGAUAAUGAAAAAUGGUAUCAUGAGGUAACAGAUAUGUGUUGUCUUACCCAUGACUUCGACUCCCUUCCCCAUGGAGAUCUAACACGAAUUGGCAGCGGGGGGCUCAAUCUAUCUGGAGGACAGAAGCAGCGUGUAGCACUCGCGCGUGCUUUGUUUGCAAAAUGCGACAUACUUCUGCUGGAUGACACCUUCAGUGGGCUAGAUGGCGAAAUUGAGCAAACCAUCUUUGAUAAGCUAUUCGGGAUGUUAGGCCUAACCCGACGGCUGGAGACCACUGUAGUCCUCGUUUCUAAUUCGUCCCAGUAUUUCCAAGCUGCGGAUAACAUCGUGGUUCUGGGAAACCACAGAAUCAUAGAUCAAGGGAGUUGGCAGGACAUUAGGGUGAAAGCUGCAUCCAUAGCAAAGUUCUCUUCCGGACAUCACACCAGUGACAAGGCCGUCCUGUCGGCGAACUCUGAUGAACUCAGCGCCAGAUUGCGAACAAAAGGAGAAACUGAAAUAGACCUGGCACGACAGACUGGAGAUCCGGCUCUAUAUGGUAAUUUCCCUAUCAUGUUUAUGGAUGCGACUAAUAUGAGCUUAGGCUACUACUUGAGUUCCAUUGAUUUCAUGAACAUUUUCUUCAUUAUCACCAGCACCGUAUCGUAUGCUUUCUUCAUCAGUAUUCCCCAGUACUGGCUUCGGUUGUGGACAGAGUUCGGUGGCAGAAACACCGCGUUCUACGUUUGCGGAUUUGUUUUGCUAUCAACCUUGUCGUGGAUCUCGACCAGCGCUCAGAUGUGGUAA